UCUUGCUUUCCCGCAAAGCUAGACUCUCGUUCGUUGCAAUAAUGUACAAUGGUGUCUGAAAUCACAGCAAACGGGAAAUGAUGUGAAAGAAGUAGAAGUAAAGAAUAUUAUUGCACGAUUCGUGUGUUUCUUUCGCGGAAAGAGUAUCAAGUUAUUUAAUACUUCAACGUUCACGUGUAAAUAACGUGUGAAUCUUGUAAUAAGAAAGGAGGUGUGGAUGAUGGCGAGGGCGUCAAGAAUUUUGUGAGGCUAUUAAAACCUCAGAAAAACAACCUCUCUACUGAAAAGUUUUAAAUCUGCUGGAACUGCUUUAUGCGGAUCUAAGCGAUGCCGUACCGCUUUAUCCACCGCGUGGGCUAUAUUUAAAACCUAUUGCAAAAAUUAACGUGUCUGUUAAUCUGCCCCAACUGACUACACCAGAAUAUGUCAAGUGAUCUACCUGAAUUUAUAUAAUAAAAUAAUACUCAACUCAAUAUUUCAUAGAGAUUCGCUUACUCCAAUAAAAACUCUUAUUAUUAUGAAUGUUCAGUGUAUGGAGUCGUAUUGCUUCCUUCUCUUAUAGUUAUAUUUUGAUUGAGAAGUGUACAAAGUUUGGGUAUAAGGUACACAAAUAAUUGAACACUACAAGCAAUGGAUUUGUAUAGUCAGAUACGGUUGUAAAUGCACAAGAGUACAAUAGUCACUAUAAUCUUCAUCGUUCAGUAUUCGUAAAGAAUGACCCAAUGUAUCUGGAAAAGAAUGAAACAACCCCUAUUUUAUACAGACGUUUUUUAUUAAUAAUUAGCGGAAAACCGAUCAUUUCACAAGUAUCAGCAGGUUUUACAGCGCAUUGCUACGAUAUAAACAGGAAAGACAAUAUCGACAUGGGAGGUAAUGGAGAAGAUACGUACCUUGAUAAAGCCGGACGAGUUCGCAUCCCUGAAGGUUGCCAAAAGUACUUUAGAAUUUAUCAGACUGGAAGGAGACCUACGGGACCGAUGUCGCUUGCAACGAGUACUGAUGCGCCUAGAUUCCCAACGUUUGAAUUUGGCUGGCUUCUCAAAUGUUCUGAAAGUUCGUGCCAUCGAGGCCAAGGAUGAGUUUCCAAAUAGGCAUGCCUGGGAUUCUUACUUUAGGGAUGCCAAACACAUGAAUGAGUUGAAAGCAGGCGAAAGGCCAGACACGAUACACGUCACGGGACUUCCUGUCAAGUGGUUUACGGAGGAUGGCAGGUCCACACCUAGUGAAUCUCUUAUCACCAAGGUGUUCAAAAAAUGGGGUAAUCCAAAGCGGAUUGAUGUACCAGCAGCUGAUCCAUACAGAUCCAGGAUGAGACUUGGUACUAAUAUUCAGAAAUUCAGCUACGGUGAUGGAAUUUUCUUUGAUGCUUACAUACAGUAUGUCGAAUACAUGGACUUUGUCAGAGCUAUGGAUGCACUGCGGGGCAUGAAACUACUCAAGAAGGAACCACAGAACUACCUUACUGCUAAUAUAAAGGUUGACUUUGACAAAACAAAACACAUGAGUGACAGUUCCGUGGCGCAUAGGGAAUUCGAAAGGAAGCGACUGAUAGCUCAAGAUAGUUUGGCAGCUGAGAAGUUGCGAAGGAAGGAGGAAGCUGAAGUUCAGCGACGAGAAGAAUUAAAAAAGAAAGAAGAAGCUGAAUUGACAGCCAAAGAGGCUCGACGCCGUAGACGAGAAGAAAAACGGAAGAGGAAAGCUUUGACUGUAUUCCGAAAGCAGGAAGAGGAUAAAGUGUCAAUGAAAAUUGCCAGGGAGGAACAGAAGUUGAUAAAAGCACAAAGACAAUUGGAAAGCAUACGCUUAUUGGAUGAAUUGUUUGACAGAAUUAAAAUUAAACUGGAGAAAAAGGUAAUUGAUAUUGACAAAAAGAAGGAAACGGACAUAAAGAAGGAUGAGAGUAAAACGGAAAAAUCUACUGACGGCAGUGGAAAAAACGAUAAGUCGGAAUUGAAUGAUGACAAAAAGAAGGAUAAAAAACUGAAGAAAUCGAAAAAGAAGAAAGCUAAAAAAGAAAAGAAGAAAAAGAAAAAGCGUAAGAAGGGUAAAGAAUCUGGAUCCGGAGAUGAAACGGAUAGUGAAGAAGAUGAUAAAAGUAAAAAGAAGAUUAAAAGUGUCCUAACCACAGAUAUUCCACAUUCAUCAUCCUCUGCAGCUCCUGCACUUGUGGAUCCAGCUGACCUUUCUUAUCAAAUGAUGUAUCCCAGAUUUCCACAAGCUUGGUAUUAUGAAGCAGCUCUGCCGAUGCUCUAUCCGCCGUUAGGACGCGGAGUUCCUAGAGGAGGACCACGUGGUCGUUAUCAACGUGGACGUAGCAGAGGAUCUUUUCCAGGAUGGCGAGGUGGACCACCAGGAAUUCGACCAAUCCGCCCAUUCAAUCCUCACCUCUACAACGAACAAUACUACAAGUACUUUGCCAACCUAGCAGGUCAGGAGUAUCAUGACUUCGAAAGUGAUUACGAAAGGAGUUCCAAGUCCAGGUCGAGAAGUCAAAGAAGAUCUAGAUCUCGAUCACGAUCGCGAUCGCGGUCGAGGUCCCGUGGAAGAAGGCGAACCCGAAGUAAAAGCAGAAGCAGAAGCAAAACUAAAAAUAGGAGUGCAAGUAGAAGUAGAUCCAAAUCUAGAUCAAGAGCCAGAAGCAGAUCUAAGUCCAGAUCCAGGAGACGUGGUAGAACGAGAUCAUCUUCAUCAUCCAGAUCCAGAUCUAGAUCUAGAUCUAGAUCACGGCACUCAAGAUCAAGAAGACGUUCCAAGUCAAGGACGCGUACGAAUUCGCGAAAUAGGCGUAAAGGCGGUGGCAGAUCUUCCUCUAGAGUUAGGAUCACUCGGGCUCGAUGUCGCACUCCAUCGUCUAGAAGAAAAUCUCGCAGUAGUUCCUGGUCCCUCCCAAAGUCACCGGGUCGUAGAAGUUGCUCUUGGUCUAAGGCUGUGGAUACUUCCAAAAAGGAAAAUGACGAGAAGUCUAAUAAAGAUGAAGUUAAAGGUCAAUGUGUUACUACUACCAAUGAGGUGAAAGAAAGUGCUCCUGCUUCACAAACUGAGACAAUAACUUCUGAUUAGAAAGGAAGUUAAGAUUUAAGUGUGAUGGACUUUGCAAGAGAAGAAAAAAAGUUCGAUGGAAGCAAUGCAAAGCGAUUCGUACAACUAUUGAACUUUAUAGACAAUUUUAAAGACUAUAGUAUUCUUUGAGAAUUCGCUUGUAUUUCUCAAGAGUGUAACAGUUUACAGAUACAUAUUUUAACGUGUGACAGUUCGAACUCAGUUUGCAUGAAAUGCAAAUACUACGUGAAUAUACGGAAAAAAAAGUCUAUCGGUCUUGAUUGACAAAAUGUGUGAAAAUAUUUGUAAUUGGAGAUUUAGAGGAAAGCCACUUUAUUCACGUAUAUUUCUAUUUGCAAAUAAAAUCCUACAAGCUGCCAACAAUAAUAGUGCUUUGAAUUUAAUCUUCAUGAAUAUUUUCUUCUCACCGAUGAGGAGUGUAAUGAUAAAUAAGAAUAGACCCAAUGAUUUGAAGUCAAAGCAGAAUAUUAUUCUUCACCAUGACAAGAUGGCGGUGGUAUUAAAAAUGAAACGAAUAAUACUUAAGAAAAUUCAUACUUUUAACAGCUACUCCAAUUUCACGAAAUAUACCUCUUUUUUACAUAGGCAUGUAAUUUCAUUUUCUUUAAUCAAGCAAACAAUUGUUAAACGUAUUCCGGAUCGAGAAUCAGCAGGAUUCGUAACGAUAUAAUAUUUAUAAUACAUCUUUAUGUCCUUCGUAAACAAUAUACUCCAUUGUUUAAAAGUAA